AUAAAAAGCUUCACCUUUAUAUAAUUUUGAAAAUAAUAUAAAAUACUCGUUCUCCUACCUCUGCUUACUUAAUAGUUAAUACCAAACCCUAAACAGAGAACCCCCUGCUGUUCAAGCUAUUUCGUUUAGACUGCAAUCAUGUACGGAGGAGACGAAGUAUCAGCUAUUGUCUUAGACUUGGGCUCUCACACCUGCAAGGCUGGCUAUGCCGGUGAGGAUGCUCCCAAGGCUGUCUUCCCUUCUGUUGUUGGAGCCAUUGAUCAAAUGGAGGUUGACAAUAGCACAAACGGUGAGCAAAAUUCUGCCGUAGAUUCGAAGACUGCUGUCAAAGAUUCCGAGAGAAAGGGAAAGCGCAAGUUAUAUGUAGGAUCUCAGUCUUUGGGAUUCCGAAGGGACAAUAUGGAGGUCUUGUCACCCAUUAAGGAUGGAGUGGUUGUAGACUGGGAUAUUGUGGAUAGCAUAUGGGACCAUGCCUUUAGGACGGUGGAGCUUAUGUUUGAAAAGUACAAUGUCCCUGCCCUCUUUUUGGCCAAGAAUGCUGUUUUGACUUCUUUUGCCUCCGGACGUGCUACUGCCUUGGUUGUUGAUUGUGGUGGCGGAUCAACUACAAUAGCACCAGUCCAUGAUGGCUAUGUCCUUCAAAAGGCAGUUACCUCAUGUCCUAUUGGUGGGGAAUACCUGACUGACUGCUUGUUGAAAAGCUUAGAGAGCAAGGGUAUCGUGAUCAAACCCAGGUACUCUUUCAAAAGAAAGGAAACACGACCUGGUGAUUUUCAGGCAGUUGAUGUCGAAUUUCCAAAUACAACAGAAAGCUACAGACUAUACUCCCAGAGAGUAAUUGCUAGUGAUAUCAAGGAAUGUGUAUGUAGAGCUCCAGAUACACCAUAUGAUGAAGCAUCCUAUUCAAACAUUCCAAUGACUCCAUAUGAGCUUCCUGAUGGCCAGUUGGUGGACUUGGUCUUUCAUGCUGCAGCUCUUUUUAUACGACAAAACAAAUGGAUCAACAAACAUGCUGAUGUAGUAUAUCCGUUUUUUCCUCCUAAUUAUCAGACGAUAUCUGGUAUCGAAAGCUUUGCAGAGGUUGCUCCAAAUUUCCAUGGCUUGCCUCAAAUGGUGAUAGACAGCAUCAACAGGUGUGAUGUGGAUAUUCGGAGAGAUUUAUAUAGUAGUAUACUGCUUGCUGGAGGGACAGCAUCAAUGCAGCAGUUAAAAGAGCGUCUUGAGAAGGACUUACUUGAGGAGUCUCCUCAAAAUGCUAGAGUUAAAGUGCUGGCUAGUGGAAAUUCAAUGGAAAGGAGAUUCAGUGUUUGGAUUGGAGGAAGCAUAUUGGCAUCUCUUGGCUCAUUCCAGCAAAUGUGGUUCUCCAAGUCAGAGUACGAGGAACACGGGGCGUCUUAUGUACAAAGGAAAUGCCCUUGAGGUAAAUCUUAAUUGGCGAGAGUAUGCACAGGGCAAGAUUAUGGACUCACCAUGGUUGAGAAGUCGAUGGAAAUCUUGGCGGGAGAAGUUCGGUUCAUGCUUCAUUUUGGUUGUUAGGCACCAACUGAAUAUUGUAGUAUCUAGACUAGUCGCUGGCUGACGUUCUAAUUGUUGUUCCGUUGCCUUGUAUUUCUUCUGUGCCUGGAUGCUACUUCGAACGUCUCUCUAACUAUAUAUUGAAGAGAGUUUUAAGGAGAAGAUCUGUCAAAAAUCAUAAUGUAUCAUAGGCAAUUGUUGUUCCGUUGCCUUGUGUUUCGUCUAUGCCUUUGGGGUACCAUCAGCCCUUUGGAGCAGGAUAGGCGAAGACAGUAGGGGAGUUUAGAUUCCCCAGACGAACUAUUCUUUGCUAACAUUCAUCC